UCUGCAACAUCAAAGAUUCAAAACUGCAUCAUCGUUUCUGCACACUCUCUCUCUCAUAAUCACACACACAAUGACAGAGAUCAAAACACCAAACCCGUGAAAGUAAUUACCCAAACAUUGUACAAUUCCCUCAUCCGUCUUCUGCUGACCAUUGCAAUCCCACACUCUUUAAACGCUUUUAAAAUUCUUCCCUCUUUUCAGCAAAGUUUGCUACUCCACUUUUUUGCCAUGUGCUUCUUCUACUUCUGAAAAACUAAAAUCUCACCUAUGUUUUCUGCCUUGGUUCAAUCAACAACUCCUGGACCUCCUCCUAACCAAAAUCUCCCAUCUUUUUCUAUUCCCCCCACAAAAUAUUUGCUGUUCUUGUGUCGCUCCUCCUAUUUUGGGCCAAGAAUUUGUUUUUCUUCAUUUUUCAACAACUUUUGGAAAAUGUGUGGGGUUUUCCGAGUUCAGCCUCUUGUCUGAAGACUUUGAACAACUAUAACGUCUUAUUUUAUUACCAAGAUUUGUAGAUUCUCAAAAAAAAGAUGCAAAUAUGGACUUUGUUGAGUGUUUUGCUUCUUGGGCUGCUCUCAAAAUCUCAGCUUCUCAUUGCCCAGCACCUUCAAAAUGACAAGCUGACAUUGUUAGAAAUUGGGAAGGAGCUCAGAUUGUCUGAUUGGGAUGGAAAUGCUACAGAUUUCUGCACUUGGCCCUUCAUUUCUUGCAGCUCAAAAACACUAUUUGUGGAGAAGCUUGAUCUUUCUAAUCAUGGGCUGCAAGGUAACAUCUCUCUAAUCUCUGACCUCAAAUCACUCAAAUGGCUCGAUCUCUCACGCAACAAUUUCCAUGGCACCAUUCCACCUGUUCUUGGAAACCUAGUCGAGCUCGAGUAUCUUGAUUUGUCGUUCAAUAACUUUGUUGGAUUGAUUCCGCCUUCAUUGGGCAGUCUUAUGAAUCUUAGAGCAUUGAAUCUUUCAAAUAAUAUGUUGGUGGGGGUGAUUCCUGAUGAUCUUAAUGCAUUGCUUAAGUUGCAAGAUUUGGAGAUGUACACAAAUAGAUUGAAUGGUUCAAUUCCGUUGUGGUUGGGGAAUUUGACCAAUUUGAGAGUUUUCACUGCUUAUGAGAAUGAGUUGAGUGGUGUGAUUCCUCCUAUGCUAGGCUCUGUUGCUCCACUUAAGCUGCUAAACCUUCAUUCAAACCUAUUGGGGGGUUCAAUACCUGAGGCCGUUUUCGCUAUGGGGAAGCUUGAAACUCUGGUUCUCACACAGAACCGGCUGAGUGGGAGUGUGCCUGCAUCAGUUGGGAAAUGCAGAGGGCUUUCUAGUAUUAGAAUUGGUAAUAACAUGUUGAUUGGUGGGAUUCCUAGAGAGAUAGGCAAUGUGAGUGGACUUACUUAUUUUGAAGCUGACAACAAUAAUCUCUCUGGUGAGAUUGUGCCAGAUUUCUCAAGAUGUUUUAAUCUCACUCUUCUGAAUCUGGCUUCAAAUGGAUUCACAGGAACCAUUCCUGCUGAGUUUGGCUUGCUUGGUAAUCUGCAGGAGUUGAUUGUUUCGGGUAACAAUCUAUUUGGAGAGAUUCCCACAUCGAUUCUUGGAGGCAAGAAUCUGAACAAACUCGAUUUGAGCAGUAAUAGGUUCAAUGGCACCAUACCUAAAGGCAUAUGUGGUGCAUCGAGGCUGCAGUUCUUGCUGUUGGGGCAGAACUCAAUUGGGGGGGAGAUACCACUUGAGAUUGGGGAAUGUGGGAAAUUGCUUGAGUUGCAGUUAGGUAGUAACUAUCUGACCGGAAGCAUUCCUGCUGAGAUUGGUCAUAUCAAGAACUUGCAGAUUGCACUGAAUCUAAGCUCUAAUCAUCUUCACGGGCAGCUCCCUGCAGAGCUCGGGCACCUUGACAAGCUUGUUUCUUUAGAUGUGUCAAGCAAUCAGCUCAGUGGGAGCAUCCCUGCUGCUUUGAAAGGGAUGAUGAGCUUGAUUGAGGUCAAUUUCUCUGAAAACCAAUUCAGUGGCCCUAUACCAGCCUUCACACCGUUCCAAAAGAGCUUGAAUUCAAGCUUUGUUGGGAACAAGGGGCUUUGUGGGGAGCCCUUGAGCGUUUCUUGUGUAAGUUUGGAUGAUUCUGAUCAAGAUCCUUACCAUCAUAAGGUUUCCUACAGGGUCAUACUAGCUGUUAUUGGCUCUGGUUUGGUGGUUUUCGCCUCUGUGACUGCUGUCGUGUUGCUGUUUAUAAUGAGGGAGAGGGUUGAGAAAGCUGCCAAGGAUGGGGGAGCAGCUGAGGAGGAGAUCAACAGCAGCAGUAACAAGCCGGUCAUAGCAGCUGGGGACGUGUUUGUGGAGAACCUCCGGCAGGCUAUAGACUUUGAGGCCGUGGCCAGAGCCACAACGAAGGAUUCAAACAAGCUCAGCAUAGGCACGUUCAGCACCAUCUACAGAGCAGAGAUGCCUUCCGGGAUGGUGCUGUCAGUUAGAAAGCUCAAAUCUAUGGACAAAACCAUGAUCCAUUACAAAAACAAGAUGAUCAGAGAAGUCGAGAAGCUGAGCAAGCUCCACCAUGACAACUUGAUUAGGCCAAUUGGGUUCGUCGUGUUUGAUGAUGCCUUGCUCUUGCUGCAGCAGCAUUUUCCCAAUGGCACAUUGGCUCAGUUCCUUCAUGACUCUGAGAAGGGAAAUGAUCACAAACCUAGCUGGCCUACGAGACUCUCUGUUGCCAUCGGGGUGGCUGAAGGGCUCGCCUUCCUCCACUGUCUGGCCAUCAUCCACCUCGACAUCUCUUCUGGGAACGUGUUCUUAGACUCCAACCUCACCCCUCUUGUUGGCGAAGUUGAAAUCUCAAAGCUUCUGGAUCCUUCUAGAGGGACAGCAAGCAUCAGUGCUGUUGCUGGUUCCUUUGGUUAUAUACCUCCAGAGUAUGCAUACACAAUGCAAGUUACAGCACCUGGAAACGUGUAUAGCUAUGGGGUCAUUUUGCUCGAGCUUCUCACUACUCGACUCCCUGUAGAUGAGGGGUUUGGGGAGGGCGUUGAUCUGGUGAAGUGGGUGCAUGCUGCGCCUGCAAGAGGAGAGACCCCUGAGCAAAUUCUCGAUGCUGAGCUGAGCACGGUGUCAUUUGGUUGUAGGCGUGAGAUGCUGGCCACUCUGAGAGUGGCAUUGCUCUGCACAGACAGCACCCCAGCCAAACGGCCCAAGAUGAAGAAGGUGGUGGAGAUGCUGCAGGAAAUCACAGUGUGAAAACAGUGGUGCUUCGUCGCGUCCAAGGUAGAGAUGACGGAAGAUGUAACCUCUUUAGGAGGAAAAUGGUUGGAGUAAAAAGUGUAUAUGAAUGAAUGGUAAACGUUGCAAUGAAUGAGUGUUUAGGCACUCUACCUUUGUGACU